AGCUUGAAAUCAGCAUUAUUUUGAUGCUAUAGACGGGAGUACACGAACCAUAGACACGAACAUGCUACACCUCCUUUUAGCUAUUUUUUCUCGUGUGAAUAAAUCAAUGUAUGGCGUUUAUAUAAUUUAAUCCAUCAUUUUCUGCUAGUUUAUGUAUUUUUUGUUUUUGUUUCUUUGUAUAAAUGCAGUUGUUUCACUAAUUUCAACCAACUUCACGGUCUAGCGCAGUACACGGUCUUCCUCGUCGAUAGAGGGCGCUGCAGCAAGUGUUCAGUAUUUGACCUCUAACCCGGAUGUUGAUCACUCUUGCAACACACACAGACACAUGUCGGAGAAAACAUCUCCACACGGUGUCUAUAAUGGAAUUAAACAUCAAGAAAACGAGUUCACAGGCUCUGCUGUCAUGCGGAAACGAAGGAGGGCUCAAUGAGAAGCUUCUCCUCAAACCAAAGGUUGGCCGAUCCCUGCAGACAGAGAGAGUCCCGAAAAGCAGCGUGUUGGAGCGGCUGCAGAGCUUCCUGCCUCAGAUGGCCGAGGCCAACGAAAAGCUGAAGCAGCAGAUGGAGGAGGCUCCCGCUGGAUGCUUCGACAUCGAGAGUGUGGAAGAGGCGGAGCGGGUCAUCGAGAUGGAUGUUGCUCUGGUAGAGCUCAGCGGCUCAGACUCUGAAGAUGAAGAGACAACAUCAGACUCUGAUGAGGACUCAGACUCUGACGAGGAGAGCAAGAUCACAGAGGAGAAGUUAAAACUACCCGGAGAUAAAGCCAAGAAGAAGAAAGCAAACAUCCAGGUUGUGGAUCAGAAGGGAGAGUAGAAAGUGGACCGCACAGACUUCUUGCUGCAGAUCAAAUUCUCUUUCCCUCUGAGGGGACGUGAGCUGAACUUCCUGGAGAAGGAUUCUAACCUUCUUCUCAGACAUUACGAACAGGGAGCUGCUGAGUGAAAGAAGCAGAUCUUCUUCCUCCCUAUGGGAACAACAGUGGAUAUUAUUUCAUACAUUUUAACGUUCAGUGUUGCUGAAGUGCCUUUGGAACCACAACAGGUGCUUCGAUGAAGUCCUCCAGUGGACAAUCAGCUGAUCGGGUGUCUGUGUUGCCAUACCUGUCAAUGAGGAUCACGUUGUUUGUGGUCUGCUUUCAUCAGCUCAUAUAUUCUCAGUUAAAGCUCAAAGCUGCUUUUAUUUGAAACGUGGAUCCCCAGAACAGAAGAGUGCUACGUACGCAGUCAGAAUAAAGGCUCUGAAACAUACACAGCUUCUUUAGAAAUAUGAUCAAAUUCCUAAAUGAUAUUAAGGAACAACAGUUCUGUGGUUUUGCUUCAGUAGAUUGCUUCAAUCAGCAGCAGAAGAUCAGGCUGUAAAGGCUGCGGUGUAAUCGAAGGUGGAUGUUGCUCACGAUGGAAGUAUGUCUGCUUAUAAUGCCUUCUUCUGCAGCUGAUUGAUUCAGAUUGUCAUUACACCGAUUGAAUAUUACAAAAAGGAUCUCUGCAAAGAUAAAUAUACUAACAAGAAGAAACGCUCCUCAAAGCUGCCACACUCAUUCACGAAAACUGAUUUUAUGCCCCUGAAGUGGGAGCUGCUGAUUAAUCGCUGCCUCUAACAGUUAGUUUGUGUCAUUGCGUAACUUUUAUGCUUUAAACAGUUUAUUCUUUACCAAAAAAAAAAAACAUUGGAGGCAGCAGGAAUCAAGCAGGUAGUGUUCUGCUGAUCAUGUCUUUGUUAAUGGAGUCUGGUGGCUUUAAAGAGGAAGAUGUAACCGCUGUUAUGCGUUUCCUCUGUGACAUAAAGCUCUCUCUCUGCAGGUAACCGUCUGUAAUGUUUUCAGUCCCUUGGAAUAACAAUCUGAGCCUCUCAAGAACCUUUACAGCCUGGUCUGCAGCUCCGAGCUGAAGCCGUCUCCUGCAGGAGAGCGUGACAGUCUGCUGCACUCUGCAUGUGAUUUCUGUGUUUGCUUCACAUCACAUGUAAGUGAUCUGUCUUUGUUAGUGCAGACGUUGAUGUAUGAUUCUGUGUUGACCCGUCACAAACAACCACUUUAUUCCAUGUCAUCAGUGUUUUGACCUUUAAAUCGCUCUCUGGUCUAAGAUGUGCAAUCAAAUGUAGUUUAAGUUCUGUUCAUAAAGUUAGUUUGAAAAUCACA